AUGAUACUUUUAUUAUUUUUGAUAUCUCUUAUACCUUUUAGUUAUUCUUAUAUUGAUCUAGACACAAGCUUUACUAAUAAUAGAUUUGCAGCUGCUGAUAUAAAUGGUAAAAAUAGUAAUAUCUAGGCUGGAAAUUCACAUAUGAGUUAUAUUAUAAUAAUGCUGUAUCAGUUUUAGGUAUGAGUUAGAAUAGGAAUACUGAUUUAGAAAGAAGUGAAUGUUUGACUAGUGAUGGAUAGUGUACUGAUCCAAAUGCAGUUUAAUAUGUUGGGUUAGGUAUACUGGGUGAAUAUGCAGGAGCAUUUAAAACUUUUGAGAAUUUACCUCCUCAUUGUUAAAUCUAUUUUUCUGCAGAUGUGGCUAUGUAUUUAAAUUGUUAUGUUUUAGAAAAGGGCUUGAAAUUUCAAUAUCAAAACUCUUAGUAUCAAUAGACACUUUACCUGUUUUAGUUUAUACAAUAAAUCCUUCAAAUGAUGAAAUCUUUUAUGAAGCAAUUACUUUAUAAGGAGUCUAUUCUCAUAGUUAUCCAUUUUUAUUAAUAAAUUUUUAAACAGGAUUCUUUAUAACUAGAAAAUCUAUGGGAAUUCGUAAUAUAAAAAUUAAAUAUACACCAUGUCCUCCUGGAUGUUAAAUUUGCUCAAUUAAGGAUGUUCAAAUUCUAUGUUCUUAAUGGAUUUUGAAUUAUUAGGGAUUAGGUUUUAAUUCUAAAUAUCUAAGUAAUGAUGGUUGGUAAAUAACCAAUUCUAAGGAAUUAUUUAAGAGUCUGCCUAAAGAUUUAAAUAUAAUUUCCUAUUCAAAUUGUUUAUCUCCAGGAUUGGGUCCAAUUAGUUAAAAUUAAGAUAUUUAAAUAACACUGUUUUUGGAUCCACAUUAUGAACUUAGAUUUGUUUUCUAUUUUAUAACUUUAUUUACUGACACAAGAUUUUCACCUAUGAUUAUAGUUCGAAUAGAUGGACGGGAAGUUUAUUCUUUCUAUGUCAAAAGUAUAGAUUUUCAAGUCAAUUUCUGUUAAUGGGAAGCUUAUGAUCGAUAUACUAGAAAAUAGAUUAAGUUGGCAAAAAGAGUAGAUUUUACAUAAAAAACCACAAAACGUAAGAUCACCUUUGCUCUCAGAAGCUAAACUAUUACAAUACCAAUAAUUGAAGAUCAAUUUAUUUUAAAAGAUUUUUAAGUCUACAUUAAAAAAUGUUAUUCAGAACCUAACUUUAAUUGUGAUGAAUGUGUAGGUCCUGAAAAGAGUGACUGCAUACAGAAAGCUAAAGUAGUUAAUUUUUAAUAGAUUGCUACUAUGGAUUUGACAGCAGGUCAUGGUUGGUAAGUUAUACUACCAGAAUUCGGUGGUAUUUUAUCUUGUAAUGGUAGAACUUAUUUUGGAUUAGAUUCAACUAAAGUUACUAAUUCAUAAAUUUAAAAGUUCUUUACUAUUAAUGAUCCUCAUACAGAUAUUGAAAUUUCGUUUAUUAUUUAAAAAAUAGAUAAAUACAUAUCAGAAAAGUUUCAAAUCUAUUUAGAUGAAGUUCUUAUUGAUGAAAUAUAGUUUUCAACUAUUGAUAAUCAAUAUAGUUAUUGUGGUACUAAUGACAAUGAUGGUUAAAUACUCUAUAAUAAGAAGAUUGCACAUUCCCGUACAUUAUCUCUCAUUUAAAUCAAAUCAACAUAAACAACAUCUGAUGGUAUAAAUUUCAUUUAUUUUAGGUAUAUUUGGUAUAUAUAAUUUUAAACUCAAAAUUCGAAAUGGAUAGGAAUCCAAAGAUUUAUUUAAUGAUUUAUCAACUAACCCUAAUUUUGCUUCAAAUCAAUGGAAUCAGUGGGUGAUUACUUAAUUCUCUAAUGAUCUUAAUUAAUAUGUUUGUGAUAGCUCUGUUACAUUAUUAGGUAAACUAAAGCCAGAAAUGUAAAUAAGAAGAUUUUUCUAAAAUUUAGUUACACAUACUUAAAUAAGGAUUCAAUUUACUAUUUAUUUAUUCACAAGUAGUUUUCAUGGUAAAAUUUUAACUUUAAUUCUUAAUAAUUAAACUAUUUGGGAAUAAAAUAUUGUUUGGUAUACUUAAAAAGCUUGUGAUGCCAAUUUGGAUACUUUUGUUGUCAAAGGAGAUAUAAUAUUAGAUCAUGAUUUAGAUUAUGCUUUCUUAAUUUGGAGAAGUAAUGUAUCAGAUCAAAGUGCAUCAUGGGGUAUAGCAGACUUUAAAUUAUAUAUUUCAUGA